AUGAUCGAUGAGAUAGAGAGCAAGACGAAAGUUGUCCCAGUAUUAGGAUUAGUAUGGGAUUUAGAAAAAGAUAGUUUGAGUUGCAAGAUCGAAGAAACAUUUAACUUGAGGGAACCUAUUACCAAAAGAAAAGUUUUGUCAAUUACCCAGAAAAUUUUUGAUCCCAUUGGCUUUACUGCACCGAUAACUGUAAUUCCUAAGCUAAUUUUGCAAGAAACAUGGAACCAGAAGAUUAAGUGGGAUGAAGAUCUUCCUCUUCCCCUAAGUGAGCAGUUUGGGACUUGGUUGAACCAAUUGCCUCUGCUAUCUCAGAUUGAAAUUCCUCGUUGGUUAAAUAUUGAUUACGAAAACGAAGAUACCGUAGUGCUCCACGUUUUUUCGGAUGCUAGUAAAAGAGCCUAUGCCACAUGUGCAUUUUUAAGAGCUGAAACCAUCGAAGGUGUAAAGGUUCAGUUAGUAAGCGCGAGAAGUCGAAUAGCCCCUAUUAAGGAACUUACGAUUCCACGGCUUGAACUUCUUUCCUGUCUGAUAGGUGCCAGGCUUGCCAAAACAAUUCUAUCAGAUUUGAAACUUAAGAAUUGUAGAACAGUGUUCUGGAGUGAUUCUUCUACAGCUUUGGGGUGGAUAAGAAGGGAUCAAGCAUGGGGUACGUUUGUUCACAAUCGAGUACAAGAAAUAAGAUCGCUUACCAGAAUAUCUGACUGGAGGCAUGUACCUGGAAGUUUAAACCCAGCGGAUCUCCCAUCGAGAGGAUGUACUAUUGAGCAAUUACAGAAAUCGGCAUGGUGGGAGGGCCCAUCGUGGCUUUACUUACCAGAAGACGAGUGGCCCCAUGUAGAAGAAAAGCCUGAUGAAGAACUUAUAAACAAGGAAAAAAGGAAAACGAUUCUGACUCUUCUAGAUCAUGGAGACAAUUUGGACCGGUACUACAAAUACUUCUCUUCAUAUAGAAAAACCGUGAGAAUGAUCGCUUGGAUUUUCAGGUUUUAUCACAAUUUAAAGAACAAAGAUAAAAACCUCACUCCUGAUGUCUCAGUUGAUGAAUUGGAGAAUGCUGAAAAGGCACUUUGUAGAUUGGUACAGAAAGAAUCAUUUACAGGCAUAAACGAUCCCGCCAUUCGUGCGCUGAGACCAAUCGUAGACCAAAAUGGAAUUUUAAGAGCCAAAACGAACGUCCUACAGCGUCAAGAUAAUGAAAAUUUCCGAUAUCCUAUCAUUUUACCUUCAAAACAUAUUCUUGUUGAGAGACUAAUUUACGAGAAACAUCUAGAACUCCAGCAUGCUGGUGUCAGCACUUUAAUGACAAAUCUUAGAGAAAACUUUUGGAUAUUAAAAUCCAGAAAAAGUAUUCGAAAUAUUAUCAGAAAAUGUGUAAGAUGUAAAAGAUUUGUUUCACAAAGAGUGGAAGUCGAGCCAGGAUUUCCACCCGAAGAUCGAGUCAGAGAAGGGGCGACUUUUGAAGUCGUCGGUGUAGAUCUAGCGGGUCCUCUCUAUCUCCGUGAGGGGUCUAAAGCGUGGAUAGUCUUGUAUACAUGUGCCAUUUAUAGAGCCAUUCACCUCGAACUAGUUACUUCUCUAUCUACAGAAACUUUCAUCCAAUCUUUACGUAGAUUCAUUGCCAGAAGAGGUAGACCUUAUGUGAUAUAUUCCGACAACGGAACUAAUUUUGUAGGGACUAACAGUGUUCUUAAGAAAGUUAAUUGGAACGCCAUAUGUUCAGCUGCUUCUAUCCAAAGGAUACGAUGGAAGUUCAACCCUCCGACCGCCGCCUGGUGGGGAGGUUGGUGGGAGAGGCUUCUGCGAAUGGUGAAAGAAAAUUUAAGAAGAGUCUUAGGUCGAACGUCCUUAAAUUAUGAAGAAUUAUAUACUGUAUUAUGUGACUGUGAACAAGUGAUUAAUUCGCGACCUAUCACAUACGUAUCAGAGGAUAAUCAAGAUCCAUCACCACUGAUCCCUAUGAUGUUUCUGCAAGAAUUGCCGUCAUCAGGAGUUCCUGAUAUGGACUACGUAGAUUCCAAAGAACUAAACCGUCGAGCCAAAUACCGACAGAGAAUAAGACAUGAUCUACGAAACAGAUUUCGUAAUGAAUAUCUUGGUCAGUUGAGACAACAGGCAAUAAAGAAGGGAAAAUUUCAACAGUUGCAAGUAGGCGAUGUCGUUCUAUUGGAAGACAGCCAGAGACGACGCAUACAUUGGCCUUUAGCCAAGAUAGUCGAGCUUUUCCCCAGUAAAGACGGAAUAGUUAGACUAGCGAGGGUCAAGACAAGAAAUGGAAUUCUGCUUCGUCCAGUGCCCCGGCUUUUCCCGUUGGAGAUCUCUACUUCCGAAUCCGUUGGCCCUCCGUUCCCCGACAGAGCACCUCGAGAUAGAAACGACCAUGCAACUGGUCAGGCUGAUCAGGCUGCUAGUAUUCCAGAACCUGCCUCAAGUCCUCGAGUGAUGACCAGAGCUGGACGAGUUGUUCGGCCUCCUCAUCGACUGGACCUGUGUGUAUUGAGUUCCUCCGCAUCGUCGGAUCUCAAUGGUGGGAGGUGA